AUGUACUCUGGUAAAAAGAUGGCCUAUCAGAAAGUUAAUGCAGAUCAAAGGGCUCCAGGACAGUCACAAUACUUAGACAAUGAUGACCUUCAGGCCACUGCCCUUGACUUAGAGUGGGACAUGGAGAAGGAAUUGGAGGAACCUGGUUUUGAUCAGUUCCAGCUGGAGGGUGCUGAAAAUCAAAACCUGGGGCAGUCUGAGACUGAAGACCUUAAUCUUGAUCCUAUUCAACCAGCAAUAUCACCCAAAGGAAGAUUCCAGAGACUACAAGAAGAGCCUGAUUAUGUCACCAGUUAUACAAGAUCCACACCAAAGAGCAACCGCUGCAGCUUUUGCCGCCUUUUGAAAAUACUUUGCACGGCAACCAUUUUAUUUAUUUUUGGGAUUUUGAUAGGCUAUUAUGCACGUAAGAGUUGCCUUUCAAAUGCUGCAUCUUCAGGAACAGGUGAUCCUCAGUUAUACCAAGAGAUCCUCAAGGUUAUUCAAGCAGAGCAGAUUAAGAAGUUGUUCAGAAAUUUUACACAACUACAUAAAAAUGAAGAAGACACAGAAAUUUUAAAAAAUCUGAAGACUCAGUGGACUUCUUUGGGCCUGGAAGACGUACAGUUGAUGAAUUACUCUGUGCUGCUUAAUCUACCAGGCCCUUCUCCCAGCACCGUAACUCUGAAGAGCAGCAGCCAAUGCUUUCAUCCUAAUGGCCAGCCAUGUGACAAAGAAGCCAGAAAAGAUAGCAGCCAAGAUCUGCUCUACUCAUAUGCAGCCUAUUCUGCCAAAGGAACUCUCGAGGCUGAAGUUAUCGAUGUGAGUUAUGGAACUGCAGAUGAUUUAAAAAGGGUUAAAAAACUGAAAAAUGCAACAAACCAGAUUGCACUUCUGAAAUUAGGAAAAUUGCCGCUACUUUAUAAGCUUUUCUUACUGGAAAAAGCUGGAUUUGGAGGCGUUCUUCUAUAUAUUGAUCCUUGUGAUUUACCAAAGAGUGCAAAUCUUAGGCAUGAUGCUUUCAUGGUGUCACUGAAUCCAGGAGGAGAUCCUUCGACACCUGGUUAUCCAAGUGUUGAUGGAAGCUUCCGACAAAGCAGAUCAAACCUUACCUCUCUACUUGUGCAGCCCGUCUCUGCGUCUCUUGUUGCAACAUUGAUCUCUUCACCAAGAGAGAUUACCCAUAAUGAUGCCUGCAGGCCUCUCAGUCUUCCCAGUUAUGAAACAAGAAUUGUCAACAUGCAAGUUCAGACAGUCACAAAAUUCAAAACCAUCACAAAUGUUAUAGGAUAUUUAAAGGGCUCAACAUCUCCAGACCGCUAUAUCAUAGUUGGCAGCCACCAUCAUAACUCACACAGUUAUGAUGGACAAGAAUGGGCCAGUAGCAGUGCCAUAACCACAGCUUUAAUCCAGGCCUUGAUGCUGAGAGUUAAGAAUGGGUGGAGACCAGACCGCAGUAUUGUUUUCUGCUCAUGGGGAGGAACAACUUCUGGCAACAUUGGCUCAUAUGAAUGGGGCGAGGAUUUCAAGAAGGUUCUGCAGAAAAAUGCUGUGGCUUAUGUUAGUCUCCAUAAUCCCAUAAGGGGAAACUCAAGUCUACAUCCUGUGGCAUCGCCUUCUCUUCAGCAACUCAUGGCAGAGAAAAAGAAUUUCAACUGUACCAGAAGAGCUCCAUGCCCAGAAACCAAUGUCAGUUCUGUCCAGACACAAGGUGAUGCUGAUUAUUUCAUCAACCAUCUUGGAAUACCAGCUCUGCAGUUCGUUUAUGAGGACAUCAAAGCCCUAGAGGGUCCAAGCUUCCUCUCUGAGGCCUUUUUCCCUAAAUGUGCAACAAAAAUUGAAGAAAUGGAUUCUUCUUUCAACCUUCAUGAAACCAUUGCCAAGCUUUCUGGAGAAGUGAUUUUGCAAAUUGCCAACGAACCAGUUCUGCCUUUUAAUGCUCUCGAUAUAGCUUUAGAGGUUCAAAGCAGUCUUAAAGGUAAUCAAUUCAACACUCAUCAACUUCUAGCCAUGGCAUCACGUCUGAGGGAGAACGUGGAAAUCUUUCAAUCUGAUGAGAUGCGUCCUGCUAAUGAUCCCAAGGAGCGAGCUCCCAGCCGCAUCCGAAUGCUGAACGAUGUUCUUCAGGACAUGGAAAAAAGUUUCCUGGUGAGGCAGGUGCCACCUGGUUUUUAUAGAAACAUCCUAUACCAUCUAGAUGAGAAGACUAGCCAGUUUUCCAUACUCCUAGAGGCUUGGGAACACUGCAAAUCACUUCCAUCAAAUGAAACUCUUCAAGAGGCCCUGUCAGAGGUGUUGAACAGCAUUAAUUCAGCUCAGGUUUACUUCAAAGCAGGACUUGAUGUGUUUGAGAGUGUCUGGCUGAAUUCAACCUAUUUUAUAAAUGAGGAAACUAGUUAA